AUGAGACAAUUACCCUCAUCAAAAAAAUUAUUUAAUAAAAAAUAUUCCUCCCCAAUUAUCAUAACAACAAAAAUAUUAAAAAGAAUUUUAUUCAAACAAAUAAUGCCAUUACUAAUAAUUUUGCCCAUUAGGUGUUUUGCUCCAGUUAAAUUUAAUCAAAGAAUAUUUCUUUCAGUAAAAGCCAUUAAUUAUGUUGACCCAACCAAAAGUGGGUUUCGCAUAAUUUUGAGAGAUGAUUUCCUACGUGAUCAUAUGGCACCAACUUUAUUACCUACAUUAUACCUGACAGCAAUUCCUUUACGUCAAAAUGAUGGGUUUACUUCACAAACAAAAGUUUUAUAUCCAGAUUCUGUUAAUGAAGAUAAACAAGUUUCAAUAACCGAUUUACAAGAAUCUUCUUGGUAUUAUAUUUGUGUAGAAUGGGAAAAUAUGAACCGGCACAACGAAACUACAGGGACAGACUGUCGUUUAUUCAAAACUUUAGACAGAUUUGGAAGAGGAACAGAUUCUACCGUUAGCGAGAUUGAAGCGACAGAUUUUUCUUCUCAAAUGCUUCAGUUUCGAAUGAAGGCGGGUGCUGAAUUCCCUAUAAGAUUAACAGCAAGUCUUGAAGGUGGAAAGGCCCCAAUUCCCCCCUCACAAAUUUUUAUUUUGGGAGGAAAUAGUGGAGGGAUUUUGGAAUUGGUUUUUGCUUUUUUGAGACAACAAAUGGAUUAUGGGCAGCUUUGUAUUUUGGAAGAACCCUUAAUUGGAGGAUAUUCGGCUUUGGGAAGACAAAUAUCUGGCGUUAAUAUAAGAAAAUGCCAUUUUAACAAUUUAACAACAACAGACUAUGAACUUUCAAUUCUCGAUUCUGCAGAAGCCAGUCCUUAUAUUCGCUCAUCCGGCACAAAAUGCCAAAAUUCAAAUAAAAUUAUUAUGAUUUCAUUAAUGGCUUUGCUGGCUUUUUGGAAAAUGUCAGAAUUAUUGGGAAGGAGGAGAAUUAAAUAA